AUGGCACCACCAGAAUCUCAAAUGCUAAGUGGAGAAACUUCCAAUACAGUGAUCAUUGGGAAUGGGGGAGCUAUCAAAUACGCGGAGCUCAAGAAUGAUUUGCAGCAGUUUAUUCAAAUUACUGUUGAAACUGUCGUGGAGAAAUGCUUCGGCGAUCAUUUUUCUCGAUUGGCCGCUCUGACAGAAAUGAACGCCAAAGAUUCCACUAAGCUAGUUUCAGACGUAGCCAACGACCCGGUUGAGAAUCACAUGCGUAUUGAUAACGAAGUUCAACUGCACGAUUGGAAUGUUAAGUUGGGAAACGAAGAUCUCUGCAAGAAAUAUCUCGUAUACUUUACACGGAUCAUUCCACCGAACUCGUACAGUGACAAUGGAGACAAUGCAUGCUAUACGAUCGUGGAUUGUUUGUUUACGAGGGAAUUUUGGACCCGCUUCACCUGGACCGGUAUCAGUCGUGGGCAAAAGUCAAAACGAGGCUUCAGAGAAUUCGGCAAUGUUUUGCAGCUGUUGGUGAAAAUUGUAUGUAUUGGAGAUCCAACAUACAGUCAACAGAAAUUAGAGGCUUUCUGUAGAAACCGCCUAUUUCGAUAUAGUAAGUCUCGUAGCACAAGUAAGCAGUUGCGUAAGUCUGCAUGUCGUCCGGCACGCAAACAGAAAAGGAUUAAGAGACCGCUUCAAGAUGAUGAAACUGUAACCAACAUCAAACGAGAAGAUCCUCUUAAUCUAGACCAAACCGACAGUGCUGAAGAAAAUGAGCAAGAUGCUCAGAAUGAGGCAAUGGACCCAGAAGCAAAUGAAGCUGACACUGAACACGAAGACGACAAUGAGAUGAGCAUGAGUUCAAAUGACAACUCAUUUGAUUAA